AUGCGGCGUGCCUUUGCGCUCUUCCGUCCAACGGCAGUUGUCCGUUGCGUGCAACCGGCGGCCUUUCGCCCGACGCGUGUGCUGCACAUUCCCCCGCAGCUGGUCCGUCUAAUUGUUGCCGGUGGCCUGCUGGUGUUUCAGGCCUUCGUGGUCGCCCACAACCGCGAGGCGCAGAGGCUGAGGGAGGAGGCGGACGGCACAGCCACAGGCGAGGGCUGCAGCACGGCUUUGAUGUCAUCCUCGGAGGCACUACAUAUUCUUGGAAUGGACGCCAACCUCCGCGUUCCGCUGGAGGAAAAAAAGGACCGUGAGGAGGCAAGACGGCGCUUCGAUCAUCUCUUUGCCAUAGCAAAGAACAACAAUAAUGCAUAUCUUCAAGGUAAGUUCAGCGCUGCGUACAGGCUCUGCGUUGACGCUAAUUGGGAUGCGGACGAAAAUUCUUGCAGCAACAGGGGCAUCGACUCUUCUGGCAGUGGUGGUGAACAAGGGUGA